AUUAUUUUUGUAAUGGAGAUCUAUGGUAAAAGAGUUGACAUAACACUUUAGGUUAAGUGAGCUAGAACCUUCGAAUUUUCCUGAUAUAUGAAUUAUUUAAAAAUUUGAAAUUUCUUACUAUGAUGAAAUCAUUCAUUAAUAGAAAACUCUUUAACUUUAUACAAAUAUCAACAAACUUAAAUAAUCAUAAAUUCGCGGACAUAAUUCCUGGAUGUGGUCAAAAAACAAGUCAAAGAUUGCAACAUACGAAACGCAUUAAAUGUUGGAAAUGCGGUAUAGAAAAGCAAAAUAUUUAUGAUUUAUUCUGCCCGCAAUGUAGAAUUAUACAAAGUCCAGAGGACAAACAUAACUAUUUCAAAUUAUUGCAACAGGAUGAAAUUUAUGAUGUUGAUUUGAAAAUAUUAAGAGACAAAUACAGGCAUUUGCAGAGUGUUCUGCAUCCUGAUAAAUUUAGCAAUAAGAGUGCUGAAGAAAAAAACAUUUCAGAAAAUUUCUCAUCUCUAGUAAAUAAAGCCUAUGAUAUAGUACAAUCUCCUCUGAAGAGAGCUAUACAUUUAUUGAAUUUGAAGGGGGAAAAAAUUAGGGAAGAUGAAAAAAUUGACGAUCCUAAAUUUCUGAUGAAUAUAAUGGAAUUGAAUGAACAGGUCACAAAUGCAUCUAAUGCUGACGAAUUGAAAGCAUUAAAUAUUUCUAAUAAAAAAACUCUUGAAUUAUUAGAACGAAAAAUAAGUGAAUAUUUUAGAGAAAAUGACUUAGUAAAUGUUAAAUAUUGUAUAAUUGAAUUGAGAUAUUAUAAUAGUAUAUCUCUUCUCAUAAAUAAAAUAAUGAGGGAAAAGGGAAUUGUUGAAUAAUUUAGUAAAAUUAAUUGAUUUUUUAUUAAAAAGAUUCAACUUAACCUUGUUGAUUUCAAUAUUCAGCUUUGUUAAAAAAAAAAUAUUCAAAUUAUAACAAGUGUACAAACCUAUUUUAAUGAUAAAAAAUAAAAAUAUCUUUAAGAUAA